AUGGAGCUCCCGAAGGAGGAGGCAGCUUCCAGCGGGAAGAAGAAGAAACAGAAGAAGCAGAAGUCGAACAAGACGCAGUCCCUGAAUGACUUCCUGGCACGCCCCAGUAUUGGGAGCAAAUACUCCUCCAAAGACCCUCCAAAGCGUACAGACAGCUGGGCUGACGCCAUGGACGAGAGAGGGGAUGCAGAAGAGGUUACCACAACCUGGCAGGGAGGAGGGGAGUUUGACCGCUCUCAGCUGCCGAGUGCUCCUCGCAAGGCUCAAGCCAGGAAUAUUGACCGGGGUCGUCUGCCUAAGGCUCCUCCCUACACUGUGUACCUUGGAAACCUCUCCUAUGAAUGCAAUGAAGACGACAUUGUGCACUUCUUUGGGAGAAAGAACCUGACGGUGUGUUAUCUCCUGAUUGUUUCUCUCAUUCAGCAUUGGUUGGAGCAGGUGAAGGAGGUGAGACUACCAACUGACAGUGGGACGAGCAGACUGAAAGGGUUCGGUUACGCAGAGCUGGAGAGUGUUGCAGCCAUACUGGAUGCACUCGAGCUCACCGGAGAGACAUUGAAGAAUCGCUCGGUGACCAUUGAUUUGGCAACCUCCAAAUCUGCCGGUCCAAUGAUUUACUGUCUAGCACUUGGCCUCCGGACUAUUCAGUAUGUUGAGCGCAAAGUGGUUUUUUGUGUACAGAUGGAGACGGAGGGAGAGAAAGGUUCCGGAGAGACUCAGACGAUCGGACAGAAAGCGACUGGCGAAGAGGCUCCGGAGACGAUGGCCACUCCCCUCCUGGUCCCAGGGACUACCAGAAUGGACCUACUUUUGGAGAUCGCUACGAGCGAGGGAGAGGGUAUGGAGAUGACUACCGAGGAGGAGGCUAUGACAAUAGGAGAAAUUAUGAUCAAGGAAGGGGAGGGUAUGAAAGAGGUGGGUAUGAGGAGAGAGGUGGAUAUGCAGGAAGAGGAGGGUAUGAAGGCAGGGGGAGACGAGGAUAUGGUUCUGGAGGCUGGAACGAAAGGCCUGAAAACAGCAGGGACUAUGGUGACUACGAUGGAGGGUAUGGAAGAAGAAGGCAGGAGGGAAGGUAUGAGCAAGAUCGCAGGGGACCACCACGUUAUGACGAUGGAUAUGGGCGUGGCAGAAGCCCUCCGGGAAGGCCUGAGCCGCAGGAGAGACCGAGACUGCAGCUGCAGACCAGUCGACAGUGCUCCUACUGACGGCCGCAGUGCCAUAUUUGGAGCUGCUCAGCCAGUGGAUACUGCGGCACGCGAAAUGGAAAUAGAGCAGAAGAUGAUGAGGGAGAAAGAGAGAGCAGGAAAGGAAGAGGAGAAGGCACAGAAAGAGAGGGAGCUUCGAGAGGAGAGAGAGAAAGGGAGUGUGUUUGGAGGAGCUCGGCCCGUGGACACCGCCAGCAGGGAAAAGGAAAUUGAGGAAAAGCUGCGUCGCAGACAGGAGGAAGACGAGAAGUUGCUCCAGAGGAGACAGAGGAAAGGAAGUGACAGCGAGAGAAAGGCAAGGGGCAGGGACAGGAAAGGAAGCGAUAGGUCUGGGGAUGGGGAGGAAGGAGGAAGAGGUCAGGAACGCUACUCAAGAUCUCCUGAGAGGUUGGGGACACGCAGGGAGAAAGAGGAGGGAGGGGAACAAGGUGAAGAUGGCAGACUGCAUGACGAUCACAUUCGUGUGCGGGAAGGUCGACCAAAGGAACGGCAGCGAGAGGAUAGAGGGCGAAGGGAGCGAUCCAUUGAAGAGGACUGGGCCGAGGGAGGCAGGGGAGGAAGAAGAGUGCAGCCACUUAGGUCAGGAGUGGAUUCUGGUGAUAGAGAGCCGGGAACUGAACGGAGCAGGGGAGUGGGGAGGCGGGGAGGGUGGAGGGGGAGAGGUGUGGGGGUGCCGGGGACGGAAGGAGAGAGAGGAGACCAGCGAAGUGGUGAGCGAGAUCGCCAGAGGCCCAAAGCUCCACCCACCAGGGAAGAUGGACCGUUAAAGAAAUAUGAGGAGCCACACCAGCAACCAGCCUUCAGUCAGCCCAGUCGGUAUGCAAUGCUGGAUAUGGAAGGCGAUGAAGCCAUACCUGGUGACAAAGAAGAUCGACCACAAGCUGAAGAUGACUAGACUAUCAAAACUAUUACUGACUGUUGUAUAAUAAUACACAUUGAUGAUUGUUCUUAUUGUGGCCAAUGUGAAAAAAUAAGUCAGUGGCUCUGAGCUAGACCUGAAUGCAGGCACCAAUCCUCUCCAGUUCAUUCAGAAUAAACUCCAUGUCAUCUUCAGUGGCAGAGGUUGAUACAGUAACCAUCCUCAUGAAGUUGGGCAGGUCUCCAAGAGGUUGGUAACAUAUCAUCAUGGAGCCUGCCAGUACCAUGCCUGCCUUCAGUCUGUGUGUGUGGGGCUACAGACAGCCGUGACUGCUGCCAACUAACUUGGGAGCCACUUUGUUAAGUCUUUGUUUCCUGUCGUCACUCUCUGCCACUCCUCUCAGACAUGGUGGGGUGUACCAGAAACACACAUUUGUGUACUGCUGGUCCUGCAGAUUUGAGGUGUGUCAAUACACGCCCCAUCAUGUGUAUCUAUACCUGGACUACCAGCUCAAAGCCGUCACGUUCCCGAAUUCUAUCUCUCAGGUAGUUGGCCAGUCCUAGCUGGCGAUCAAUCUCCCUCCCAGCCCAGGCCAGUCCCUGCGAACGAGACAGCUCCAACCUGUGCUACACUAACACUGCCAGCCACUCACAUUCUUCUUCCACAUUAGCCAUAU